CCCCACCCCCGCUCUUCCACCAUGGCCGCCUCAGUGUGGUGUGGGAAGAAGCUGGUCCUCGGUGUCCUCCUGUAGCGCUACGGCUUCACCUUCACCCCCCCCCCCGUAGGGCCUGGAUCCAAAGGAGCCUCGCUCCCCGAGUCCUUGAGGCACCAGCCGGGAAGGUUUCCUACCCCGGCCUCAGGAGCAGGACUCUUCCCGCACCCCACCCCCCACCUCUGGAGGCAGAAACUUAGGGCUUUCCCUCCUUCUGGUAGGGUCCGAAGCCAGAGAGAGGGUGCCCCUCCAUUGCUGCCGGGGCGGCAGCCUCGCCUGCGUUUCCCUCAGAGGCACAGACAGACCUUUCACCGUCCUGGAGAGCUAACGGCUUUCCCGCAGGCAGCAGCCCUACAGGACCGGCCGCCUGCGCCCCUCGGCAGGAGCGGCCUUGGGGAGGCGGGAGGAGCGCGGAGGCCCGGAGCCCGGGCCCGAGCCUUCCCCUCCUCCGCCGCUUCUCUCUUGCCUCCUGGUCCCUGGCCCAUCCGGAGUUUCCCAUUUCUAGGACUUUUCUAUCCACCCACUCCCUGACCCUUUCCCGUCUCCUGGUUGCAGCCAUGGACUUACAGAAGGGAAAGGGGGCAGCAGCAGCUGCUGCUUCAGGAGCCCCGGGAGGUGGAGGAGGAGGAGCGGGAGCAGGAUCCCCAGGAGGGGGGAGGCUGCUACUUUCAACCAGUUUGGAUGCCAAGGAUGAGUUAGAGGAGAGGUUGGAAAGGUGUAUGAGUAUUGUGACGUCAAUGACUACUGGUGUCUCCGAGAGAGAGGCCAACGAUGCCCUCAAUGCGUAUGUAUGCAAAGGACCUCCUCAACAUGAAGAAAUCUGCCUGGGCUUGUUUACUCUUGUCCUUACUGAACCUUCCCAAGCCCAGAAGUGUUACCGGGACUUGGCUCUGGUGAGUCGUGAUGGCAUGAAUAUUGUCCUGAAUAAAAUCAACCAGAUACUUAUGGAGAAGUACCUGAAGUUGCAGGAUACUUGCCGUACUCAGUUGGUGUGGUUGGUAAGAGAACUAGUGAAGAGUGGAGUUUUGGGAGCUGAUGGUGUUUGCAUGACAUUUAUGAAGCAGAUUGCAGGUGGAGAUGUCACAGCCAAAAAUAUCUGGUUGGCAGAAAGUGUCCUGGAUAUCCUGACGGAGCAGAGAGAGUGGGUACUAAAGAGCAGCAUCCUCAUUGCCAUGGCUGUUUAUACAUACCUCCGUCUCAUUGUUGACCACCACGGGACUGCCCAGCUCCAGGCCCUGCGGCAGAAAGAAGUAGACUUCUGCAUCUCACUGCUUCGGGAACGGUUUAUGGAGUGUUUGAUGAUUGGCCGAGACCUGGUGAGACUACUUCAGAAUGUUGCUAGAAUACCAGAAUUUGAACUGCUUUGGAAAGAUAUUAUCCAUAACCCUCAAGCCUUGAGUCCUCAGUUCACAGGUAUCCUACAACUUCUUCAGUCAAGAACAUCCCGAAAAUUCCUAGCAUGUCGCCUAACUCCUGACAUGGAGACUAAACUCCUCUUCAUGACUUCCCGGGUACGGUUUGGUCAACAAAAACGAUACCAAGAUUGGUUUCAGCGCCAGUACCUGUCAACCCCAGACAGUCAGUCUCUGCGAUGUGACCUCAUUCGCUACAUCUGUGGUGUAGUUCAUCCUUCUAAUGAAGUACUAAGUUCAGAUAUCUUGCCCCGAUGGGCCAUCAUUGGUUGGCUCCUGACAACAUGCACGUCAAAUGUUGCUGCCUCCAAUGCUAAGCUGGCUUUGUUUUACGAUUGGCUGUUCUUUAGUCCAGACAAGGAUAGCAUUAUGAACAUAGAGCCAGCCAUCCUGGUCAUGCAUCACUCCAUGAAGCCGCACCCAGCCAUCACUGCCACACUCCUGGACUUCAUGUGUCGUAUCAUUCCCAACUUCUAUCCACCAUUGGAGGGCCAUGUGCGACAGGGUGUCUUUUCUUCCCUCAACCACAUUGUGGAGAAACGGGUUUUGGCACACUUGGCCCCCCUAUUUGACAACCCUAAAUUGGAUAAAGAGCUGCGAGCUAUGCUUCGAGAGAAAUUUCCUGAGUUCUGCAGUUCUCCCUCUCCACCCGUGGAAGUCAAAAUUGAGGAGCCAGUUUCCAUGGAAAUGGACAACCAUAUGUCAGAUAAGGAUGAGAGUUGCUAUGACAACGCAGAGGCAGCCUUCAGUGAUGAUGAGGAAGAUCUCAAUAGCAAAGGGAAGAAGAGAGAGUUUCGAUUCCACCCCAUCAAGGAGACAGUUGUGGAGGAGCCAGUUGAUAUUACCCCUUACCUUGACCAGUUGGAUGAAUCUCUAAGGGACAAAGUGCUCCAGCUACAGAAGGGAAAUGAUACGGAGGCCCAGUGUGAGGUCAUGCAGGAAAUCGUGGACCAGGUCCUGGAGGAAGACUUUGACUCGGAGCAGCUGUCUGUCCUUGCUUCCUGUCUGCAGGAGCUCUUCAAGGCCCACUUCCGAGGGGAGGUGCUUCCCGAAGAGGUCACUGAGGAGUCCUUGGAGGAGUCUGUGGGGAAGCCUCUCUACCUAAUAUUUAGGAACCUGUGCCAGAUGCAGGAGGACAACAGCAGCUUUUCUUUGCUUUUGGACCUUCUCUCUGAGCUAUAUCAGAAGCAGCCCAAAAUUGGCUAUCACUUGCUCUACUACCUGCGGGCCAGCAAAGCCGCCGCAGGGAAGAUGAACCUCUAUGAGUCUUUUGCCCAGGCCACUCAGCUAGGUGAUCUUCACACUUGCCUAAUGAUGGACAUGAAGGCCUGCCAGGAGGAUGAUGUGCGACUGCUGUGCCAUCUCACGCCCUCUAUCUACACAGAGUUUCCAGAUGAAACCUUGAGGAGUGGGGAGCUGCUGAACAUGAUCGUAGCUGUUAUUGACUCUGCACAGCUCCAGGAGCUCGUCUGCCACGUGAUGAUGGGGAACCUGGUCAUGUUUCGAAAAGACUCAGUCCUCAACAUUCUCAUCCAGAGCCUGGACUGGGAAACCUUUGAACAGUAUUGUGCCUGGCAACUUUUCCUGGCCCACAACAUCCCCCUGGAGACCAUAAUCCCCAUCCUGCAGCAUCUCAAAUACAAGGAGCAUCCAGAAGCCCUGUCCUGCCUACUGCUUCAGCUCCGGAGAGAGAAGCCCAGUGAGGAAAUGGUAAAGAUGGUGUUGAGCCGGCCUUGCCAUCCGGACGAUCAGUUCACCACCAGCAUCCUGCGGCACUGGUGCAUGAAGCACGACGAGCUGCUGGCAGAGCACAUCAAGUCCCUCCUCAUUAAGAACAACAGCCUCCCUCGCAAGAGGCAGAGCUUGAGGAGUUCUAGCAGCAAGCUGGCCCAGUUAACUCUGGAACAAAUCCUGGAGCACUUGGACAACCUGCGGCUCAACCUGACCAAUACCAAGCAAAACUUUUUCAGCCAGACACCAAUCCUCCAGGCAUUGCAGCAUGUCCAGGCGAGCUGUGAUGAAGCCCACAAGAUGAAGUUCAGCGAUCUCUUCUCCCUGGCAGAGGAGUACGAGGACUCUUCCACUAAGCCACCCAAGAGCCGACGAAAAGCAGCGCUGUCCAGCCCUCGGAGUCGAAAGAAUGCCACUCAGCCCCCCAAUGCUGAAGAAGAGUCAGGCUCCAGCAGUGCCUCGGAGGAAGAAGACACAAAACCAAAGCCCACCAAACGGAAACGAAAAGGAUCCUCUGCAGUGGGCUCUGACAGUGACUGAGGCCCUGUACCUGUCCUGCCCCAGCUAGACUCUUUUACCUGGUGGACCCCAGGGUUACAGGGCUGGGGAAAUGCAGGAGAAACCCCAACUCUCCUCACCAGGGGAAAGACGGACUUGCUGUGAUCUAGCCUGAAAGCUGCCAUGCAACUCCCACCCUGCCUCUCUUCUCCUGGGGCCUCAGGGCCCACACUGCUGCUCUCAGCGAUCUUUGGGCUCUUGGGAGAACCAGGGGCUGCACAAAACCAGACUACGGUGGAAGUCUUCAGCCUUUUGCUCCUUCCUUAGCCCCUUCCCCAGUCUCCAAAGAGAAGGGAAAUAACCAAGUGGCUGCUGGGCAGAGAAGCUGGAUGAGAGCAGAUGCGCAGUACGUGGGCGUCCCUUCUGCUCAUUCUUGUGUUAGGUAGUCACCAUCCACACCAGUGUGGAUUGGGCAUCUAACUUGAUGUCGUCAGUGCCCAUCUGUGCAGAUGGCAAAAAUCUGGCUGACAGAUGUCCCAGGUCCCAUGUGCUGUGCCUCUGAGACUCGGGUUGUCCCAAGCCCAGGGAAGUCUCAGAGGCAAGUUUCUUAGAACUGUCAAAUGGUCCCAUUUCCUUGGUUUUGGUUUUGCUUUUUUUUUUUUCUCCUGUUGGCAGAGAUAAUCGGAUUUUAAAAGUUGUUUUUAAAUGAUAGUAAAAUAAGCCAGAAGGUCUUUUGUGCAAGUUUCUGUUAUCCUGUAUGUAAGUGGUCUUGUUUAAUUGUUACUUCUGCUUGUGGCCUCACCACUGCCCACCUUUUGUGUAGAGCUGGCGGGACUUGGCUUUGCCCUCCAGGAGUCACUGGAGGGGUAUGCCAAGCACUAAUCUGGCACCUCUCCAUGCAGGCUGUUGCUCCUCAAAAUAACAGUCCUCCAAAGAGUGUCCUGCUCAUUCCACUUCAUGAAAUCUGCACACUUUCAAGGGAUGCUUCACCUUGCUUCUUGAAGGACACAGUUUUGCCUUGGGGAGAGUUCAGACUUCAGGAAUGGGAGAACCUAUUCCAGUCUGGCCACUUGCUGGUACUCAGGUACCAGCUGUGCUUUGUUUCUCUCCUAGUCAGGGAGAUGAGGCAAACUGAGCAUGAACAUUUUGCUCACUACAGACAGCUCUUCCAAUUCAGCCUGUUAAGUGCCUCUACAGAAGUGCCUCUUAAGUUCUAAGCCGGGCACUGGCGGCUCACGCCUAUA